UGAUUUUUUUAUAGUGGUUCUCUAGAUUAUUAAAAAUGUUUCUUUUAAGAACCAUUCACUGAAAGAUUCUUUGAGGACCAAAUAUGAUUCUUCUAAUGCAUCGCUACAAAACCCCCCCUUUUGGUUCCUCAAGAUGGACUAUAUACUGCAGGGAGAUACACAUACAUAUAAACUGCCAAAAUGCUCUUGGCAAAUUAAAUUCACACAUUUAAAACCUUGACAACCGCUGUAUCCAAGGCGCAAAACACAUCUGACAGCUCUCCACUACAUCACCUCUCCUUCAACAGCGAGAGCUUGUAUCUCAUCUGCAUAGUGUCUUGUCAUUGGCCAGUGAUUUAACAGCAGGAGAUGCUGCUGCAAGCUGAUUGGCUGAGCUCUGAAGUAGGCUUGGAAUCCCUGCCAUUGAGAAAGGCCAUAAAUAGGGCACACGAACACACAAAACACAGAUGCAGCUGCAACCAUUCAACAUUUCACACGCUCUAACACGGUCACAAUCCAAAGAUCCACAAGUUUGAACUCUUCACUGGAAGCUGCAGGGAAAACAGGCAAAUCCAAACUCUCAGACUUGCAUAGAGAGCUUGCGUACUGGGAAUCAUGUCUCUGGAAGUCAAGGAAAAGACAGAGGUGCGAUUGGUGUUCAUGGGAGCGGCAGGUGUUGGAAAAACAGCCCUGAUUAAACGUUUCCUACAAGAUAAAUUUGAGCCCAAACAUCGGCGCACAGUGGAGGAGCUCCACAGCAAGGAGUAUGAGGUGGCUGGAGUCAAAGUGACCAUUCACAUCAUGGACACGAGCGGAAGCUACUCCUUCCCAGCCAUGCGGAAGCUCUCCAUCCAGAACGGAGACGCCUUCGCCCUGGUCUACUCCGUGGAUGACCCCGAAUCGCUAGAAGCUGUCAAGAGCCUGCGCGAGGAAAUCCUGGAGGUCAAGGAGGACAAGUUCACACCCAUCGUGGUGGUGGGCAACAAGAAAGACCGACUGCAUGAACGAAGGGUGUCUACGGACGACGUGCUUGCGAAGGUGGAGCUGGACUGGAACAACUGCUUUCUGGAGGCCUCGGCCAAAGAAAACGAAAAUGUGAUGGAGGUGUUUAAGGAGCUGCUCCAGCAAGCCAACCUCCCCAGCCGCCUCAGCCCGGCUUUGCGUCGUCGCAGAGAGACCUUUCCAAAGGACACGGGUCUACGGCCACCCAUGAACAAGACCAACAGCUGUUCCGUCUCCUAAAGCCAGCAAGAAAAAGACAAUAGAGAACGGCAAGGGUUGAGCUACUUCUCAUUGCAAAGCGAUGAUGUGGAAGGCUCUUUUAAAGCACACAAAGAUGCUUUUGUUACAUAGCGAAACUUCCCAUAAUCCUGCUCCAAAAUCAGCAUCCUCCGCAGUGAUGAAAGGAAAAGGGACGAUGAUUUCAGACAAAGGGGAGAAAGAUCAAAAGACAAUGAACUGUUGCAUUUGUGCAAAGAAUCUGUUGAAUGUUUUGAAAGUGAUAUUGAGUUUCUGAAGUUGAGUUGUGUGAUCUGUGUAAAGAGCUACGUCAACAUUCAAUCAUGUAUAUGUUAAUAUAUUCUGACUUCAGUGCUACAGCAUUGCAAUAUUGCAGUGUCAUAAAUGUUUAUUGACAUAAUUUGACUGUAUGACAUUCAUUGGUUUACAAAUCAUGGCACCAAGUAUUAAAGUCACUGUGUCUACUGUUUAGUUGCAUACCAUCAGAAUCUGUGCUUGACACUGUGAACAUGCACUUUUACUCUGUCGGAAACUCAUACAAUGCACUGAUUUCUUUUUAUUUUUUGUCUUUGUUUUUUUUUUUUUUUUUUUUUUUUUGCAACUUGAUUUUUCUCUCUGUCUUUUUUUAUGUAACUUGUAAAAGAAAAAUAAAUGACUAAUUACACCUCAAA